CGUCUUUGAAAGAAAUGAUCUCCUGUUUUUCGAUGCCUGGUGAACCCCUUUAAUCUAAUAACUAGUUUCAGCAAUUUUGUUUGAGGUAUCUAAGAUUGCUGGUUAUCUGACCCCUAAUGAAUAAAAUAGAUCUGCCCUAAAUUAGAAUGCGUAUAGGAUAGUUGAAUAUAACAAUCUCCUUAUUUAUGUUAAUGCAUAAAGCCUUGGCGUAAUAAAAGGGGGCACUCUACAUUAUCAAGUGUCUCUCUACUUUGAGAAAACACAUGGAAGAAAAGGACUAUGAUGGAGAAAAGGCUGAGAAAUCUGCUAAAUCCAUAUCCUAAUCGCUGUUGUCUCUGUUUAUGAAGUUACGUGACAUUUAAACACAUCCUACAGCUGGAGCGUUUUAAAGGGGUACGCCACCACUAGACAUCUUAUCCCCUAUCCAAAGGCUAGGGGAUAAGAUGACAGUAAUUUUUUUUUAAUACCCAAUGAUCAGCAAGAGGGUAUCUACUUGUGCUUGUCAGUACCCUCAUAAUUUAGGGGAAUUAAUAGAAAUAAAUGUAAGUUGCUGUUUCUCUUUGGUCUUUGUUCAUUGGGGGACAUUAUACAGAUGGGUAUAUGCUCUUGCCACUAGGAGGCGCUGACACUAGGAAAAAAAAAGUCGGUUCCUGCCUGGUAGGAUAUACCCGCCCACCUGCAGUAAUCAGUUUCAGCAAGGAGGCAAGAUACAGGUCUGGGAGCUCCCCAGACCUGGUCUUUUUUUUUGUUAUUUUCUAGUAAGGGCUGUUUAGUACUUUACUCCUUUCUGUUUCCCUUUUUCAGGUGGGGGUUCAGGAGAAUGGCACUACCUGUUCCCCCAUAUGUGGCUAAGGGGCACAGGUCAUAAAAGUAUGCACUGUUAACCUCUCCCCGCCAGCGCCUGGGGUUGCACCUAGGGUCCGGGUCCCCCUAUCUUCCCUGCUCGUCCUGUCUGUCACAGCAUGAUGUGAUGCAGGUGACUAAAAGCUGGCUGAAGACAUCUAGAGGUGAGUAUAAGAAGUCAGGUGAGUAUAUGAAGAUGACAUAGGACUCUGUCCUUUAUUGGGAGUUUUAUGUGUGGGGGGCCUGUGUUUCUUUGUACUAGGAUACUUCAGCGGCUCCCUCCGCAGGUGUUCUUUCCUACUCUGCACAGCUUCUUUUAUAUGUUUUACUUUACCCCAGCACGCUGGGUGAGGGGGUUAUGACUGCACAUGGCUCCGUCUCCCCGUGCCAGUGCGCGAUCUGGAGGUUUUUGGCGGCACGUGGCUGCGUGAACAGAGAGGCCUGGCAGCGCCUCCCCUCUGGGUUCCCUUGCACAACGGCCUCUUUUUACGAUCGGAUGGCGCUACCUGCCGUCGUUUUGCUGUGCUCCUCCAGCCGAGUUUAGCUCCGCCCCUCCACCAUGCGGGUGUUGGUGUGGCUCCGUCGGCCCCCCUGAGCUGUGGCCGGCGGGAGCUUAGCCUCGGAGCUGUGCGGCGGCUUAGCAGGUGCUGCUAGGCGUGCUGCUCCGUACCAUCACAGCUGGGGCUGCCCGUCUGUGUUUUUUUUUCUUCUGUCCCAAUAGGUGUCCUUUCUGUCCCUAUGGUGUGGGCUACUGCCCUCCUCUCUUGGGGUCCUCGCGGCUCACUUCUUCCCUGUUUAAAAAAAAAAGUGACUCAGACCAUUUGGUGUAGUUUGGCGCCCUCUUGUGGCCAAACUUAUAUUGCACACUCAUUUCUUUUGCAGCCUUGGCUGGCCCAUAUCUGUUCUUAUCACUUUAAUAUCUGCAGGGUCCUUUCCUAGGGUCGGUAUUGGGGGCUGUUUUAUUUGUUUCACUCACCCUGGAAGGUGACCUGCUAUACACAUCUUAUUUUAAUACAUAGUUAAAAAAAUAUGAAUAAUAAUAAUAAUUAAAAUUGAGCACCAAGGCCAAGCGGCAAUAAUCGCUGUCUGGAGGAGCCACCUUGUGUCCCAAGAGGAAUCGGAAUCCUGUACACUGGAGCUGGCCAAAAACUACAAGACGUUUUGAGAGCCAUUCCAGACAGGGAUGAGUAGGUGCCUGAGCCACUCCGGACAGAAAUUCCGCAAAAACACCUGGAGGCAUAGGGCUGAACUGACUGUCACCCCAGCAGGCCCCAUGUCAGAACAGAAGUGCCCAACCGCCGAAGAACUGCGGAAACAAAAUCACAGGAAGCCCCGAGGCUCACCCCACCGAAAAGGAAAGGUGGGCUCUACACCUACAGAGCGGUCCUAGCAUAUGUAGGAACACAGAAAUGGGUACCCCACAAUAGCAGUGGGGUACUAAGACUGCGGACGCGAAAGAAACUGCAGACAUCCAAGGGACCAGCAGAAAGGAAGGUAUGCCUCUAGCAGACCAACAGUGCAACCUAAGAAAGGAGAACAGAGUUAAGAUGCUAGCAAAAGGAGAAAAAGACGCUUCUGCACUCACCCAGUACUUGUCCCGUGCCUGUGGGGCAGCAUUUCCUUGCUCCUACUGCGCCUGGCGUGUUUUGCCAGACCCCUUUCCACAGGGGGUAUGGGGAUCAGGGUGCUUGGCAUGGGUCUGUACUUAAGUUUUCAUCUCGACACCCUUGUUUUUCCUACUCUGGAGGGACUAUUCUGCCGCCAAGAUGAUGCCAUCUCGCUGUUCCCACUAUAUAGGUGGAAUAUCUGGCGGGGCCCCUGUUUUUUUGCUGAGAGCAUUCAACAGGGAUUUUUACUGUCUCUAGGCUUCUGUGUUUACUGCCCACUAUCACAGCCUGGCUCUCUCUCUGUUUUUUGGUUAUCUACUUACUGCUGCUCACGCAGCCUUGGCUCUCUCCUCUGUUGGAGGAAUUUGUACAAUCUCCCUGGAAGGGUGUGUUCUUCCUUCCCUUUUGUCUGUGUCAGUUGUACUGCACUGACGCCAAAGUCUUCUGGAGUCAUGCUUCCUGUGCCCAGACCCUGAGAAUCCCAGCUGGGUUCUCAUUUAUUUCUCCCUCCGUUCCCAUUCUGGUGGGAUCUUUCUUCAGUGUGCUCUGGUCCGCUAGGACCACUGGGGUCUAUGACUGGUUGGUCUCCUUGGCUUGGACUCUGUCCUAGGAAGCUGUGGCGUGCCUUCUUUUCAGGAGGUCUUCCGGUUCCUUGGGCCUUGGUGAUGGUUCAGGUCUUGGACAUGUGUAGUGAUCCGUCCAAGACUCCUCCGCGAUACCAUUAGUCGGGGCGGUCUUUCUGUCCUGCACUCCACAGAAAAUGUGUUGGAUUUAACUAAGGAAAACCCAACAGUUCAGAGCAGUUGUAAAAAAAAAUAGCAAAAUGUAAGGAAAAGUGCAAAACAUAGGGAAACAUUAGUUUAUACCAUGGAAAAAUGUCUGUCGGGAAUCAAAACCUACAAAGAAAACUACACGACACUCUUAGUAAAUCAGGGUCUUCGUAUCCACCUGUUUGUGGAGGGCUGGUUGUAUAUAGGCUUUAGUUAGCCCUUUAGGAAACUACUGUGUGGUGUUGAAUAUUUUCCUCACCAGGUUUGAUUGUGGUUCCUGGUGGGUUUAUUUUCUUCUUCAAUUUUUGAUACAUAUGGGCCUAGAUUUACCAAACUGUAUAAGAGAAAAAAUUGAACGAUUUUCCCACAGCAGCCAAUCACGCUGCUUUCACUUUACCAGAGCUUUUUAGCUGAGAUGUGAUUGGUUGCUGUGGGAAAAUCACAACAUUUUUUUCUCUUACACAGUGUGAUAAAUCUGGGCCAUGGUUCUUAGCACAAAUUCAUAUUUUAAAUUCAACAAUGCCAGAAUACCGAUACAUUUACAUUAAUAAUUGUGGCCAGAUUAUAAACUGCUUGUAGAGUUUCGUUAAAUGACUAAAUCAUAGACUGUCACUGUCAAAAGCUGGCAUGCACUUCCAUGUGUAUGAGCGAGUUUGUUUAGCAAAGACCCUCCCUGUUUAGUAGUUUCAUGCCUUCAGAGCAUCGUGUGACCUUUAACCUAAAAUCUUGAUUUUCUGGAAUGGCAACAUUAGUGACAUAGAUCAGAUUUGCUGGGUAAGUAAGUAAAAAAAUUGUCACUGAAGAAUUGGAAUCUACACAAUGUAAUGACGCUUGUGCAGAAGAUAAAAGUACAUGCAACUACAGAUACACAUCGAAUUUCAUCUGCGAAUGACCUGCAAAUGCAUCUACCGAAGAUCCAAUAAAUCUAUCCUUACGUGGUUGAAGCGCAGCUAAAGACUGGAUAAUUUAACCUGUACAAAAGAAAUGGCUUUCUGAUAAACUGUCUGGAAUCUACACAUGUCCAGUGCUGCAACACAGAUCCAUGGAACUUUUGCACUAUUUGGAAGACCAGAGUCCAUAUUUACUGUACAUUGCCCAACACUCUACAUUGUGUUUACUGGAGGCAGGAGGUCAUAUGAACAUCUCUGGAACUGAAUAUGAUCGGAAGGAUGUAUUAAAAAAAAAAGUCUGCUCGAUCUGUAUAACCUUGUAUAGACUUGAAUGAGGACAUGAAUGGACUUAUAGAAUUUCCUGUGCCAGCUAUCAUCCUGAAGCUGCAUGACUGGAUGCCAGUUAUUUACAGGAGGGUGCAGGAAAAUUAUGGGGUUAGAUAUAGGGUUGGCAUUAUGUGUGCUUUACUGUUCGUGUUCUGGACCCAAGGGAAAAGAUUGUUUGAUUAUAGAGAAUGUAUUUUGCUUAUAGCCUCCUCUGCAGGAUAUACAGUGAUAAUUUCCAGGUUUAUUAACAGUUUCUUCUAUGAUUAUUUCUCUCUCCUGCUGCUGUUUACGUUCUGUGUCUUUUGGGUUAGCAGAUCUGAAGAAACUGAAGAGAAAAAGAAUGUAAAAGUGGAAGAAAGCAAUGAAAAGCCACAUGAACUCCCAGGACAGACUUCUUCUGUGGCCCGUCUAAUGAAUGCAGAGAAGUUCCUUAAAUUAUUUCAGUCCUUGUUGUUUGAAGAGGAAACUUUGGGAACAGAGUUAGAACCUAUAGAAGAAAAGAUCUGCAAACUGAAGGUUGCCGCUAAGGAGCUGAAGAAGGUUCAGAUUACCAUUGACUCUCUGAAAACCCAGUUUCGUUACAAUUUUAAUUCUUCCCUGAACGAGUCCAGGAGAUUCCAGGAUACAGUUGACAAUUUUGAUCACACAAAGACCUACAUGGAGCUGCGGAGUUACAUGCUGAAUAAGGUCCAUAGGCAGCUAAUGUCUUUCUCACGGAAAGGGAUGGCACUGAAGACUUGGCUGUCUGAGGCACUGGAAUUUCAGGAGAAGCUCCACAGUACAACCUGUAGCAGUUACGAUGAUAUCCAACAGCAUCUGUCAUUGUCACAGGGCAUCGGGAAAGAUAGUGAAGUUAUCCCAGUGAAGCUAGCGGAAUAUGAGCACUCGACACAAAGCACGAUGGUGACAUUACAGAUGAUGACCACAUGUUCAGAUAUCUUUUACAAAGCCUUGAAACAAGGAACAAGCAGUCAGACUGGAAUAAGAAAAUGGCAUGACAUACUGGCUGUUUCCCUAACUGAGGAGGCAACACAAGUGGCCCAACGUUUCUCCACACUUACAAAGUUAAAUAAGUGUUAUCAGACUCAUCUUGAUGGGCUUGUCCAGCAAUUCCAGGGUGGAACCAUUACAAGAAGACCAAAUUCAGAGUUUUAAAAUCUUUCAGAGCUGGAAGUUUUCUGCGCACCACUGUGGAUAAUACUGGGCAAGAAAUGUAGGUUUUAGGCUCUACUGCCAACUAAAAGAACCCUUAGGCCUGGUUUACACGGUAGUAAAAUGUGCAGGAUGUCCGUCUGCCUAAUGUCCGCAGAAAACAAGGGCACAUUUGUAAGUUUCAGCAGGAGCCAUGACCUCUCGGAUAUGCAUCGUCUCAUAGAUGGCAAAGAAUUUUUAAGCAAAAUCAGCAGAAUGGAUAGACCAGUCUAUUCUUUCUGUGGAUGCCGGAAUCUGGGUUUCUGUCGCAGAAAUUCCACCAUGUACACAAUGCAGCAGAAUCCAUUGAAAUCAGUUGUGACUCUACCGCAGUCCAUGCAGAAUAUUCUGCCGGAAUUCUGCAUGGACAUUCCUCCAUGUGAACAAACCCUCAAAAUGCAGCUUCUCCCUUUCCCCCUUGCAUAAAAAGGAAGGGACCUAUGUUAUUUCAACCAGACUUGUACACUACAGAACAGACUACAUAAUGUCCUUACUGACAACUUCUGUGUCCUUAGAUAGUUGUGUUACCAUUAUAAGAUCACCGUUAUAAGAUCAUGGUAUAAAAGGAGCUUAAGAAUGUACAUCAGGCCUUGCAUUGCACAAAAUACCAUCCUAUUUCCCCAUGGUUAUAUGCACUGAACUUUUCAGUAUGAACACUUGGUGGCAGCAGAGUCCUCCAAGGCUUAUCUCUCUAUCCAUCACACAUUACACUUGAACUAACCAAAAUUUUUUACAUCCAAUAAAAACACUGAACACAUUUAUGUAUUAGUGAAUGCAGUGCAGACUCUCAUCUAAGGUAUAAAAGUCUUUAAAUGUAUUCCAUUACAGAGCGCUGGACACAGAGCUCAGUCUGAAGACUCCUCUCUGUAAUUACCUGGAACUAAUGAUGGAUAAUUACACUCUAUCCUCUCUUUCACCAUUAAAAUGACCUCUUUCUUCUCCAUACAGUGUGUUAUUUUGUAUGAGGCUUUCAGCAGACUAUAUUUAGUGAGUGAAAUGUUGGCCUGAGAUUCAGUGAGGUUGGCUGGACUGGGAUAAUGCACCCUCCACCUCUCUUCAGCGUGAUUGCUCUGUGAUUUUAAUUGAGAGAUUGCACAGUGUUCGGUUCAGCAGACUUGUGCUUUAGACCAGGAGAUGCCCACUUGACAAUGCACAUA